UGGUGGUGUGGCACGUGGUUACCAGGCAAUGUACCUUUAACUUGUGUCGUGAAGUUUUCAGCUGUGGAAAAGCCUGCAGGAAAAACUCUAUCGCUCUUCGAAUGCAAAAGAUUAGAGAAAACUGAAGCAAACGAACAUAUACGAGAUUAAACUGCGGGGAAAUAUCAUGUUUUAAGUGUCUUUGCGUUUGGAAGAGAUUUAGAGGAUUUGCCUUCUAUACUCGACACAGAAGAGCUUAUGGGACGCAGAAGUGGGUUAUAACAGGACGGCGUUUACUUCGUUUCCCUCAAAACUACCGAAUGUUCCAGUAUAACAACACAUUUUGGACCAAAAGGAAAGGCGAGGAAAUAUUUUUAUCAUCCUGAAGUUUUGGUGCUGAAUAAAAUGGGAGACAGUGAGCUGCGCGACGCCUCCGAGUUUAUCAAAGAUCGUCUCUAUUUUGCUACUCUCAGAAGCAAACCCAAGAGCACGGCAAACACACAUUUCUUCUGCACAGAUGAUGAAUAUAUUUAUGAAAACUUUUAUGCAGAUUUUGGGCCACUCAAUCUGGCAAUGCUGUACAGAUACUGCUGCAAACUCAAUAAAAAACUAAAGUCUUUCACACUGUCGAGAAAGCGCAUCAUCCAUUACACCAGUUACGAUCAGCGAAAGAGAGCCAACGCAGCCUUCCUCAUCGGCGCUUAUGCAGUAAUCUACUUAAAGAGAACUCCAGAGGAGGUGUACCGGGCCCUGAUCUCCGGAACCAAUGUGUCAUACCUGCCCUUCAGAGAUGCUGCUUUCGGGAAUUGCACGUAUGAUCUAACCAUUUUAGACUGUUUACAAGGUAUCCGCAAGGCCUUGCAGCACGGCUUCUUUGACUUUGAGAACUUUGAUGUUGAAGAAUAUGAGCAUUAUGAGCGUGUGGAAAAUGGUGACUUUAACUGGAUUGUGCCAGGGAAAUUGUUGGCCUUCAGUGGACCUCAUCCCAAGAGCAAAAUAGAGAAUGGUUAUCCUCUCCAUGCUCCAGAAGCGUACUUUUCCUACUUCCGCCAGCACAACGUCACAGAUGUUGUGCGAUUGAACAAGAAGAUCUAUGAAGGGCGACGUUUCACAGAUGCUGGGUUUGAACACCACGACCUGUUCUUCGUAGACGGCACUACACCUAGUGAUCUCCUUACAAGACGAUUUCUGCACAUCUGUGAGAGCGCAAAGGGCGCUGUGGCUGUCCAUUGCAAGGCUGGCCUUGGCAGGACGGGCACUCUGAUAGGAUGCUACCUGAUGAAGCAUUAUCGCUUCACAGCACCUGAGGCCAUUGCGUGGACACGAAUCUGCAGGCCAGGCUCUGUCAUUGGACCACAGCAGCAUUUUCUCGAACAGAAGCAGCACAGCAUGUGGGUGCAAGGUGAUCUCCAUCGCUCAAAGCAGAAGCAACAGCAGCUGAGGCAAAGCCGACAGCAGGAGAGAAACAUGUCCCAUCUCAUCUCCAGCGUGGACAACUUGUCGAUCGACAGCAGCAUUCUGAAGCCACCAAGUGUGGAUGAGAAUGAGUUCAGAGAAGAGGACAUGAUUCUAACGCAAGGAGACAAACUACUAGCCUUGAAAGGCCAACGCCACCCCAGAUCUACCACCACAGUGCUUAGUGGGAUAAACCCAGCACCAGGAACCAUUUCUCCUCCCAAGACAACCAAAGCUCCACUCUUCCAUCCCUCCUCCACUGAACCACUGAUGCGAAACCCUUCCUCCUCCGCCGGCAAUCUACAGAGUCCCUUCAGUCUGAAUAUGCUCAGUACUAAGGCUAUGGUUAUACACUGAAGGCCAUCACACCUGACGCUUUGACCAUGGAUGGAUCAUUUCUCAAUAAAAUGUGGAAUUUGUAUUUAGAAAAUCUCAAGCUGGACUAAAGUGUUAAUACAUUUAUGCAGUGUUUCAGAUUAGAAGGUAAUAUCUGUAAGCCAGAUGUAUUAAUAACAAAAAUAUUGAGUCAUUAUUAUUUUUUCUACAUUAAAAAUCUACAUUUUUGUGACUAAUAUUAAAUAAAUCAAGGGUAUUUUCUCUCUCUCUUUAGAAAGUCACAAUUGUAAUGUAAAUCUAAGCAGCUGUACAUGCAGAAAUAUACAUGAUCAUGGUUUUGAUUCAGUUAUGUAGUAAUAUUAUUGUACAGAGAUGAUUUUUAAAUGUUUUGUACAGAUAGUUGUCAUUUUAACCAAUGUAAUUAAGAUGCAAACAUUAUUAAACAUCUGCUGUCAUUAUAAGUUAUCUGAACUGGUAAAGAUAUGAAAUGGUCAUUAUUCGUGUGUACAAAAAGACUGUCAAUGUUAUAUACAUUAUUGUUAAAGGUUUUAGAACUGUAAGAUUUUUUAUGUUUUUUAAAGUCCCCACAGCUCA